AUGGAUAACGCGUCUGACUACGGAUCAGAAGAUUCCAGGUUCGAAUCCUGGCAGGGUCGCAUAAACCUGCGGCUGAUCCUGGUGUCCGGCAAGACGAAGGAGUUCGUCUUCAGUCCCGUCGACUCGGCCGGCGACAUCGCCAUACACGUCUACGACAACUGGCCGGAAGCGGACUGGGCGUCGGAGUGCGUGUCGCGCGCGGAGAUCCUGCGGCUCAUCUACCAGGGCCGCUUCCUGCACAGCUCCGUGACGCUGGGCGCGCUCGGCCUGCCGCUCGGCCGCACCACCGUCAUGCACCUCGUGCCGCGCGAGCACCUGCCCGAGCCCAACUCGCACGACCAACGGCAAAAGAGCAAAGGUGGCUCCAGCAGUUGUUGUUCGGCAUCCUGCUGCAUAUUGUAAUAGCUGCGCGGGGGAGGGGCGGGGCGUCGCGGGGACUCCAUGUGUUCAGUGAGCUAGACCUGAUUCCUGCCUCGCGGUGUUCUCUAACGGGGCAUGAGCCCGGGCGCUCCGGGGAGUCAUGCCGCAUGGGAAACGUGCUACGAAUAUCAUGACGCCACGUGUGGACAGCUACCAGUAUACGGCACAUUCCUAUGACAUGACGUCUCGAGGGAAUAGUGCUACGACUUUUGACGCCACAUGGACAGUGCUACGAGUAAUCGUAGCGAUGCGGCGUGUGGCACUAUGAGUGGAAUGAUGCCGCUUUUGAACUGCGUAGCGUAGUUACGAAGUGGGCGUUCAAAGCGGCAUUAAUCUACGCGUUGACAGUGCUACGCAAUGUAACAGUGCUACGGGCGUCAUGGUACAGUGCUACGAGCCUGACGGUUCCCCGUGUAAUGCACUUUCAAGCGGCUAGGCCUCGUGCAGACAUUGAGAAACAUGACACAUGAAUAGUUAACGCAUUUAGCAAAUACGUCGUGUUUGCCGUCAGUCUUAAAUAGUAAAUUCCUGUAAACGCGAUGUCAUGUAAGGCAUUCUAGUGUCCUGACUCGUGGUGUCUGCGCCGCCCAAGGAUGAGACCCAAACGCAACACAAAAACAAACGCACACUCCAGCUUCAUUAGAUAACAUCGCGAGUGACAUCUUCGAUUUAAAACGUCACCGUUUAAUUUUCUGGAUAGCUUUAUAAGCGAAUUGUAUAUUAUCUCACCGCGUAAAUUAUAAAUCGUAUAGGAAUCAUGCUGCCGAAAUAUGUUUAAAAUUAUUAGAUAUUCGGAAUAAGGUAUCGAAAUUAUAAGUUAGGCGCGUGAUGGUCGAGUGGCUGCCUUGAGGACGGAUCGCUGCACUUCAUCUGGCUAUUGACAAAAUACAAAUCUUUAGUAUUAUAAUUUAGGCCAUCAACAUGAAUUUAUAUAACGUUACUAUUUAUAAAAUUUAAAUGACAAAUCGUGUAGUGAAACAAACGGAGUGUAUAAAUUAACUCUCAUUUGCUGUAAAUAGUAUUUGAUAAUUCAUUAAGGAGUCGUUUUCGGGACUAUUGAUUUUGUGAUAAGUUUUUGCAAUAAAUUGGGACUUUUUAUUUUUAAAUUGUCUAUUUACUGCGCUAGUUGUAGCAUAAAAUAAUAAAUUUAUGGGAAUGAACACGCAACGCGGGACUUACACACAUAUUACACACACACGAGCACGGCGACUGCCGUGUGGACUGCGACGUAAAUUUUAGUUAUAGCGCAUUAGUAUAACUGUGAAAUUUGCAAGUCUUGCUUAUGACGUCACUGUAUACGCCUAAUAUAAAUCGAAUGCGCGAACAUAACACCCCCACACAAAUUCUGUUUUGUUACUGCCGUAUUUCUGCUAUUUUGCAAGUUUUUAAUGCUUUUACACUGUUACCAGAGUCCAUUAUUUUGUAAAUAUCGAAUAGAGCUUUUAUAUGUUUAUUUACACCACUCGUAACGCAACCUAUAGUUAUUCUUUAUUUGGCAUUUUUUAUAAGAUAGCUAUAGUAUAUGUUCGUUUUUAAAUUGGUACAUAUGAUUUAUCUAAAGAUUAUUCGGCUUAGCCUUAAUUUUUGUUGUAAGUUUACAAAUAUUGAAAUAAUUAUUCUCCGUGCAACAAUCACAUCGUCCUACACUGCAAUCCUCACCGUUAUUACAAUAAUUAUGCAAAUAUUUUGUGAUAGUACAAAUGAAAUUAUUUACUCGAUGAAACAUGGAUGAAACUGAGGACUCGCUAAUUGAGUUUACACUUUAGCAGUAUUAAAAUAGGAACUGAAAUAGCUGAUUCAUGUCUCGACUGCUGCUUGCUUUCGGCGGACAACGACUGCGAAGAAUAAUCUUGCCAUUCACUAACCGUGAGGCCGCCCGACGCACAUACAGGGUGAUUAUGAAAUUGUGUCUUAAAAUAACUAUCAAAGUUGAUAACCAAUCACUAUCCACACAAAAUUGGCUUUUAACGAUGCGAUUACUGGAGUUUUUACGCGUUUUAGACGGAUUAAAAGUUGAUGUUUGCCAACAACAGUCACUAACUUUCAAGAAACAAUUUCAUAAUCAUCAUGUAGUAGCAUACAGAAAUUUGUUUUGUAGAGCACAAUAAAUGCAUUAGUAAAUUAUUACAUACUUGCAUGUUAAUUUUGCCUGAGGUUUUAGUAAAAUUAGAAUGAAAUUAGUUGUAUCACAAAUAGAUAUUGAAAAUAAACAUGUUUGUCUUGUUGUACUUUGGAAGCACAUUAUUUUCUGCGCAAGCGUCGCGCGCGGCCUCGGCGCAGCAACCACGUUCUGUAUAAAGUGAUGCCGUAUGAAUGGUAUAAAUUUUUGGUUGCUCUGUUCAGUUGCUGUAUGUAUGUAUUUUGUUAAGUUGUGUAAAAUACCUAGUUUAUAAAUAAAAUAAUACAAAUUUAUUUGCAUGUUUUAUUUUCGUUCGCUUCGUCUUCCUUUAUUUAGAUUUCACAAGCGUUUAGUGAUCUAAGAUAAUUAUUUACUAAAUCGAUAAAGCGGUGUUUGUUGAAUUCCAUUUUCAUGGCUUUUAAUUUUAUUCUCAUAAUAGACGCUAGAUGUCAGCACCGUUUAGUUGCGUCUUCAUUUUUGGUCAAAAGUGGAAUUCAAUAAAUAAAAAAGACGUGUAAAUAGAUGUCGCUUCGAAGAUAAUUUCGAUCGUAAUAAUUAUAAAGUUUAAUCAAUAAUUACAUAGCGGCUUUUGUAAACUUCUCAAGUAUGUAUAGUCUGAAUAAUGUAGGUGUCGGUUUGUUCGCGUUAAGUGAAUGUAGGCAGAUAGAUCGAUGUCUUCACUGUAUUUUAAUAUUUCUAUAGAAUAGAUCUUUCGAACAAAUUACUGAGUGUUUAUGACGCGAUGUGUGAUGUCGUUCGUCGUGGCUAACGAUGUUUAGGGAACUUUUGUGGUUUUUAAUGAUACAGUCCAGUAAAUCUCUUGAGUCGUAUUCAAAAUGAGUGAACUGAUGAUAAUUAUUGUGUUAUUAUAUUCACGAAGGCGGUUUUCUUCUAACUACAGUACGGAAGAUGUGUCGGAGACCUCUUAUAAUAAUUAAUGUUAGCUACACACGACAUCAGGCUGUGAACACUAACGAAAUGUAAAUAUUCGACUUUUUAAUUUAGACGAAAUAAAUAGUCUUAAUAUUAGCUUGAAGUGGAUAUUUAUACGACCGUUGCUUGUAAGAAGUGUGAAUGUAUUGUAUUUACUGAAAUAUUUAAGGUGGAAUAUCAAAUCACUACAGUUACGUAUUAUUUUUUUAUUUCUAGGUGGAUUAAUCAUCAGCAAUAUUUCGACAGACGAUUAUGCUCUUUAAUACUCAUAACUUUAGAAUAGAAACGGCAUUGAUAUCCAAAAAACAUUUACGUUCAUCAUUAACGUCUAUGUUAUAAUAUUGGCACCUCAAACCUAGUUCCAUCAUUAUAAUAUCUGCCAGUGACUAACUAUAGCUGCAAUUACGUAGAAAAUAAAUGUGAUUUUUUAAUUUUGUAAAAAUAUGGGUUAGUAAAAACGCAAUAGAACAAUGUUUAUAGGAAAAUUAUUUAAUUUCUGUAGUGAAGUCAAGACAUGCAACGGUCGAUUUCUGUAAUUAAUAAUAAAUUAAUAGGUGUCACUGUAUAACAGGUGUUUACUACAUACAUACAUAACUAUAUACUUGUUAAUAUUAAUUGAUGAUUAUAAUAAUGUUGAUUAAUUGUCAUUUUGGUUGGUUGGGUAGAUAUGGGCGGCUGAAUACAACAGUACAUAAUUUUUCUCAGCUUUGGUAUAUUAAUGCAAUAUUUAUUAACAUAUCUUAAAGUUUUAUCCGAGAUGUUAAUAGAGGUUUUGUUUAUUGAAGCCUGCCCAGUUAGGUUUUAAAUUGCCGAUUUGUGAAUCAACUAUGUUCUGUCAUUUUUACACUUAGGUAUUAACAGAGAAAGACAAAACAUAAUAAUGCUAAAGAGAACUCCUGUUUCUUUUCCCUGAAGAUAUAUUUUGCUUAAAAAUUAUGUAAAAUGCACAUUUAAUUUCAUUUUUCGUGUGGAAUGGCUGCUGAUGUAGAUAGUCGGAUAUAUUUUAUAAUUAUAUAAUAUCGAUCGACACUAAUAGGUUGUACAUUGUUUGAAUGACUAUUGAGUUUCAA